AUGGCAUCUUCGCAUGUUUUCCAUCGUUCUCUUAUAUAUGAGCCUCUAUUGGCUGUACGAGCAGAAGGUAAUUAUAUUUAUCUUCAAGAUGGCCGAAAACUACUCGAUGGUAGCGGCGGUGCUGCCGUGACAAGCAUUGGACAUGGAGAUAAACGUGUCAUUGCAAGUAUUCUCGAUCAAUUGCAAACAGUUGACUAUGUACAUUCCGGAACAUUUGCUAAUAAGGCAGCUGAAGAACUGGCCAAUGAACUUAUCGAAGAAAGUGGCAUGGCAAGAGCAGUCUUUGUAUCCGGCGGCUCUGAAGCGAUAGAAUCAGCCAUUAAACUCGCUAGACAGUAUCAUUUGGAAAACAAACAACCUGAAAGAGUGAAUUUUAUCGCUCGAAAGCAGAGCUAUCAUGGUAAUACACUUGGUGCGCUUGGUCUUUGUAGACAUACGGCACGUCGCGCACCUUUUCUACCGUAUUUUUCAUCGUAUUUUCAUUAUGUUUCACCUUGCUUUGCUUAUCAUUACAAAUUGGACAACGAAACUGAUGAAGACUAUGUCAAGCGUCUCGCCGAUGAGCUGGAAGCUAAAUUCCAAGAACUUGGUCCCAAUACAGUUGCGGCCUUUUUCGCUGAGACAAUUGUCGGUGCUACAAGUGGUUGCACUCCAGCAGUACCCGGUUACUUCAAAGCAAUGCGUGACGUAUGUGAUCGGCAUGGUGCUCUACUUGUUCUUGACGAGAUCAUGUGUGGCGUUGGUCGAACGGUUUUAGGAAAGGGACUUGGUGGUGGUUAUGCACCACUUGCAGCUGUCCUCAUGUCCAACAAAGUCAUCAGUGCUUUUCUUGCUGGUUCAGGUGCAUUCAAUAAUGGAUACACGUAUCAAUCACAUGCUGUAGGAUGUCGAGCUGCAUUAGAAGUUAUUAAAAUAAUGAAAGAAGAUGGAUUGAUCGAGCAAUGUCACCAACGUGGUCUGUUUUUGGAAAAGAUUCUUAACGAAAAACUGUCUGAUCAUGCACAUGUUGGCAACAUUCGUGGUCGUGGCUUAUUUUGGUCGGUGGAAUUUAUCAAAAAUAAAGCGACAAAGGAAAUGUAUCCAUCUACUUGCUUAUUCAUUGAUUCAAUCAUAAAGGAAUGUAUAGAACAUGGAGUCGUCAUAUAUCCUGGAUCGAAAGGUACCGCUGAUGGAGUCAAUGGAGAUCAUGUGCUAAUUGCGCCUCCAUAUACAAUAACGGAAGACGAACUUGUUUUUCUCGUCGAUAGUUUGAAAAGUUCGAUUGAAGUUGUCUUGAAUUAA